CUUAUGCGCACGCGCUGAAUUCGAGCUUUGUGCGCAUGUGUGGAGGCCAGAAUCUGGAGAGGCCUGGCGAGUCAACCUUUGAGGCCCCUUGAAGUACUGGAGAGAAGCCAAGUGCCAUACUCUUCACUGACAUGGCUAGGAUCAACUCCUGGAAGCUUCCCAGAAGAAUCUGUAACUGGAGAACAUACUCAAAGACCAUUCGAUGCACUGAAGUGACGAGACCUGAAGAGAAGAAAGAAAAUGACAACAAGAAGCCAGGUGUAAGGUUUGACAGGACCAAUCUCUUCUUGUCUGGCACAGACUAUAAAAUAUAUUCCUGUCCUGCAGCAUAUGCUAGUGCUAAAAUCCAGGCACAGCAAAAUGCUUCCAAUGAGACAAAAGUUGACAGAGAUGCUUUCCCAUUUUUCCUGGAGCAUGUUCCAUCCAAUGUAGGAAUCAAACAAGUACGUAACACCUACAUGGUGACUUGUUCUCGCCGAUUGUCCAGCAUCAGAAACACGUUGCUGGAUCUGGCUUACAACAAGCCCAGUGAAGACCAGCAUAGCGAUACCUGGCGGACUGUGACUUCAAAGGAAAAAGCAGAGUUAGACAUUGUGGAGGUCUAUGAUACAAAAGAAGACCCUCGAGGAUUCCAGAAAAUUGUAAGUGCCUACAAGGAUCUUUGUUUUUGCAGCUCCGAGCAGAGAGAGGAACUCACUGUGAAAGAGGGGCAGAAGAUUCUCUGUAAUGUUUCCAUCUUGAAAAGCAGCCUGACCCCAGAGACCAUAUCUGACUAUGCUUGGCACCUCAGCUGGUUGCCAGCUGAGCAGCACAUGCUUCUGAAGGCUGAUUUCCGUUUUGGAAUGCUUUGCCAGUACAGCAUUGACAGCCUGGGUGCAUUCACUUUGCAUCAGCUUUUCCAACUUCUCAAGGCCAUGGUCCGCCUUCAGGUGCCCUCUUCCCACACAUUGCUGAAGCCCCUCAACGCUGAGUUUUGCCGCCGUGUGUGGGACAUGGAGUUUAAUCAGCUCUUGUACAUAGCUGACCUGUGGCGCUACCUUGGGUACAGUGUGCCACGGUACAUGGAACUAGUCCUGAGCUAUGUGGGCUUGCGUUGGAAAGAUCUGACUGUGCCCCAACUAGUUCAGCUCCUUUACAUAAUUGGGGAAAGGCGUCAAGCCCCUGCAGAUCUCAUGCAGAAACUGGAACUGCUGCUGUCCAAGUACCUGGACCAGAUGAAUGUGGAGGAGAUUGGAGCUUGCUGCUUGGGUUUCUUCAAGUCAAAAAAUGGAUUUUCUGAGCAGCUGAUGAGGAGGAUUGGUGACAAAGUUGCUGCAAAAAUGGAAGACAUUAGCAAUUAUAGCUUGGUGAACGUGUUGAAGAUGUUCCGCUAUACACACGUGAGCCACAUGCCUUUCUUGGAGCGUCUAGGGGAGGUAGCAGCUGAACGGAUUCCUAAAAUUGGCACUCAGGGGGUAAUGCAUAUUGUGUUGACAUGUGCAUCGUUGCGCUAUCGAGCCACUCAUCUCCUGGAUUCUGUUGCUGCCAAGGUGCCUUCAACGGUACGGUACUGUAGGAGCAAAGACGUUGCCAAAUACCUCUGGUCCUUUUCAGCCUUGAAUUAUGAGCCUGAAAAUGCUACUGAAUUUUUCUCCAGCUUAACUGAGCAGUUGCACCUUAAAAUACAUGAAUAUCAGCGUUUUCCAGAGCAUUUUCUCACUGCUUUGAUGGCACUGGCAUUUAGUCAGCGCUUCCCUCACAACCUGAUCGAUACUGCUUUGAGUCCGCAUUUUAUUAAGUUGGCAACCAAUGGGAGUCCAUUUGAGCUGAAGAAAGAUCUCUUCACACUUGAUGGAACGGUGGCAAUUGAGUGCCCCGAUUACACAGGCCACCGCCUCCCCUUGCAGUUACGGCAGGAAGUCACAGAAAUGCUCUGGAAUUUUGCCAAGCAGGAUAUUUGUGUGAAGCCAGAGAUGGUUGAAGCAGCCACUCUGCUGCAAGUCAUGCUCGGUGGCCCUCAGUUUGUAAAGAAACAUAUGAUUUUGCCGCAUACCAGGUCAGCUGACCUUGAGGUGCACUUUGACCCCACUGGUGUGCCACUGCCAUUCAACACAGAAGCAGCAGACGAGGACUUGAAAAAACUUGAACUGAAGUUCAAUAGUGUUCAGGUUACUGACGAGCUAAUAUCCCAACUUGCCAAAAACAGCACCGGCAGAUCCAAUUUAAAAAGGGGCUCUGACAGUUUAUGCGUGAGAGAAGAUGGGUUUGUUAAAGAUUUGCACAGAACUGAAGACAUUACAGAAGGAAGCCAUGUAGGAUUGAAUCUAAAGCUAUUUAGAAAUGAUGUUCCCCUUACAGACAGUCUCCUAAGUUCAUUGACUAACUCGAAGAUGGCAAACAACAAUACUGCUCACCAUCCGAAAGAACCAUCAGAAAUCAGAAAACUUGCCAUUCAGGUAUCUAACCGUAAUCACUACUGCCACAGUUCCCACAUUCUUCUGGGAUUGCACAGUAUGAAGAGGAGGCAGCUGGUACGAGCAGGCUAUGUCGUCAUAGAGCUUCCUUAUUGGGAGUGGGUCCCAUUAAUGAAAAGAACUCGCUCUGAGAAAAUAGCCUACCUGCAUCAGAAGCUCUACAAUUCACUGGGUUGAAUUGAAUUGUCUUCCAGAAAGGACAUACUAUUUUUACUUCCUGAAUUAAAUUCAGAAAAAAAAGUGAAUGAGAUAAUUCCAUAUCAAGCUCUUUGCUCUGUUUUGUGAACAAUUUCUUUUGGAGGGAAUCUACUGGUGCAAGAAACUUGGCUUCAUUAGAACAAUUGGAUUUUUUUGGUAUUGUUAUAACUGCUAUUGUUAGUAACCCAAAUUAGCUGUUAUGUUUUCUGUGAAAACCAAUUUCUUGUUUUACUCCUUAUUCGUUCAAAGGCCCUGACACAUACUACAUCGUAUGACCAUUGACUGUUAAGCCACCUGAGCAUCUAUAGCUUCAUUUUGUGAAACGAGACACAUUUCUCUUGUGCAGUGCUAAUACUUGCAUAUUCACUUGGUCUGUGAGCCACUGAAUUACAAUUGGACAUGAGACUUGAGCUACUAUAAUCUUCCCCUCCCAGCUAAAGGACAAUGAGAUAAUCUUUAUGAUAACUUUGCCUGACUGCUAUCAGCUAGCCACCUUGUGCCUCGUUAUGAAAGUUCUUCAAGCAACUCAAUUCAUCUAGAAUUAAAUCAAUGAACUUCCAGAUGACAUGAUAAUAACCUUGUGCAGAUUAAAAAGUCAGCAUACUUGUUUAAAUAUCAAACAUCAUUGUCAAUCAAGAAUAAUUAAAGUCUUAUUGCAAGAAUUUUA